CUUUUCUUGGCGGACUUUAUGUAUUAUAAACGUUUAUUCGCGCAUUGGUUUUUAAAAAGUAUGGAAAAUAGCGACUCGGAAUCUUCCGUUGAUCAAAAGAGUUUCGCAUCAGUUAUCAACCUAUUUGAACACUCACAUGCGAGUUCAGCAUCGGCCUCAAGCAUAGACAGUGAUGCGCAAUAUAUAACUUCAUCAACUAACCAAAACCUUAGAGGUGCUUCUACUUCGAAAACAGAAUCCUUCCAUCGUACAAAUGAGUCAAACUUUUUUUCUUUUCUUAAUGCGUAUUUUGUUCGUGAAUGUAGUACAAGUAUUUCGGAAAGGACAUGUACCCAGGACUCUAAUACAUACGUCCUUAAAGAUAAUGAUUACAGCAACCAGUCGAAAAGUGUCCAAGCACCAUACAAGUUAAAAGACCGCUUUACUUCUAUUCAAACAUCAUCUGUUGAUUUAAAUAUCUAUUCUAAUUCAUCAACUGCGUUUCCUAUUGAUGUUAUAAAAAAAUUACAUUUACCACAGUACAGACCGGUACCUGCGCAUAAGUUAGGAAUUAUGUCAGAGGAUUUAAGUUCAGCAUUUCCAGUUUUAAACUUUACAUCAAAACAAAAACAAGAACAUUCAGUUCAGCAGGUGCCAUUACCAGAAUCGCGGUUAUCCUCUCCCUUGAAGAUCACAUCAGCAAUAUUGCCAACAACGAUUAACACAUCACUGGAAAAUCAAUCUGUUGGGCUGGCAACUAAAUGUGAUAACUCUUUAACACAGUCAUACGAUAAGAUAUCUAUGCGAUUAAUCUUAACUGAUGGGGAUCAAAAUUAUUCUGCGUAUAACUCAAGAAUAUAUGAUUAUAAUAAACAUUUUCAUGAACAAACGAUUACGUUAACAGAUCAAAAUAUAAAUAACUCAGAAAAGUCAGCUGCGACUAAGUUUUAUCAUCCUGGAGGUGAUUCAGGGAAGUUCUAUGAAUUAUCGCUGUUUUGUCUUUAUAUUGCUAUAGCAUAG